AGCGGCCCGGGGAGGCUGAGGACUCUCGGCCGGGGCACGUGGUCACCGCACCCGGCCCGGGUCACGUGUGCACCCCUACCCGGGCCGUGCGUCCUCCCACCCAGCUGGGCGACCCCGGGGCUCGGCCGCCACGCCUCCCCCAGGCCUUACUCCAGGUCUCCCUCCCUCCUUUGCCAGGCCCCGCGCGGCCCAGCGUGGAGGUGACAAGCUGAGCCAGUGGACGCGGACCGAGGUGCCGGGAUGGAGGCGCAAGGCUUGGACUGGCUGCUGGUCCCGCUGCAGCAGCUGGUGUCCUGGGGGGCCUCGGGGGCCAUAGUCUUCGGAGGGGUGGUGCCCUACAUCCCGCAGUACAGGGACAUCCGCAGGACACAGAACGCUGACGGCUUCUCCACCCACGUGUGCCUGGUGCUGCUGGCGGCCAACAUCCUGCGGAUCCUCUUCUGGUUUGGAAGGCACUUCGAGGCCCCGUUGCUGUGGCAGAGUGUCGUCAUGACCCUGGCCAUGCUGCUGAUGCUGAAGCUCUGCACCGAUGUCCGUGCUGCCAGCGAGCUGAGUGCCCGGCGCCGCGCCUUCGCAGCCACAGAUGGUAAGGACGACGCCCUCCGGCUGCCCCCCAGGCGGUCCUGUCUGGGUACGCGCUUCCCGCCGCUGCUGGCUCGCGUGUGCAUCCGCCCCGCCCAGCUCCCCUCGUCUGCGCUCACUUCUGGCCACGCAUACUGCGACCCCCAGUACUUCUGGCACUGGAGCAGCUUCGCGGACUACCUGCAGUGCGUCCUGGCCUUCACGGGCGUGGCGGGCUACGUCACCUACCUGGCCAUCGACUCAGCUGUGUUUGUGGAGUCUCUGGGCUUCCUGGCGGUACUGACCGAGGCCAUGCUAGGCGUGCCACAGCUCUACCGUAACCACCGCCACCGGUCCACCGAGGGCAUGAGCAUCAAGAUGGUGGUCAUGUGGACCAGCGGGGACACCUUCAAGACGGCCUACUUCCCUGCUGCAGGUGCUGGUGGACCUGGCCAUCCUGGGCCAGGCCUACGCCUUCGCUCGCCGCCCCCAGAAGGCGGCGCCCCAUGUGGGGCACCCCGCCAGUGCCAAGGCCCUCUGAAGCACCAGGGGGCCAGGACACAUGACCCUGGCCACGAUGCUGGCCAGCCACCUGUCCUCCUUGCGAGGGGAGGGCACCCCAUGACCCCUGCAGGCAGUCAGGGUGCAGGGAGGGAGGCGUCUGGGUGGUGGUCUUGACAGGCCUCACUGUGCGGAGGCGCUCAGGUGGGAUGGCCCACCAUUGGCUGUGGUCACACCACGUGGAUAGAUGGUGAAAGCAGGGUUCACACCCACGGCUGGGGUUUAGGUGUUUUUAACGUGAUGGAAGAGCAAUCGUCUUCUCCCACCUUCUCCCCUAAAUAAUCACCUGAACCUGAAAUAUGUUUGGAAAGAUGGGAAGGCAAACUUAAGGCCACCAAAGGUCUCACCUGCCUAUCCAGCCCCUUGGCCCACACGCUGUCUCCCUGCCUGUGGGCCGAGCCUCACAGGGGCCUGGAAGCCAGGAGACGCGAGUCCUGGGGCAGACCCUGCUGACGGAGCAUGACCUCGGGACCCUGCUGCUCUGGGCAGCCUCUCAUAGCGAGGCCCAUGCAGAGAGCAGGGCCCGAGCACGCGGACAGAAGUGUAGCACACGGUGGGUCCUGCCAGGGUUGGCGCCUGGAGCUUCUGGGCACCUCCUCCAGGCUGGCCUCGCCAGCGGCGGCUCUGGGUGCCCCCUGCUUUGUGCGGGCCUCUACCCGGAGAUGGUGGUGAAGACCGUGCGGGCCACGGCCUGCAUGGCUGGGCACUGGCCAGAGCGAGCUGGGGCACUUGGAGCCAGGCGAGUGAGAGGGACCCUCAGAUGGAGGCGUGGGCGGCAAGGCGGCCGAGGGCUGGCGGAGGCUGUGCAGAUGCACCUUGGCCAGCCCCGAGCAGCCCCACCUGCCAAGUCCCUCCGUUCUGGGCUGGCCCACGUACCCCUCAAACCACCUUGCUGUCCCCUUCCAGGAGAGGCCCUGGUCCCAGCUGCGCCCUGGGUCCCGGCACCAUCUGUCCGUCAUGUGCUCCGCCUCCCCCAUUUCAGCCGGGUGUGCCUGCUUUGCAGCUCCUUGCUGGCCCCAGCUGGCUCCAGGCCCAGAGUCCUGGAUGUUUCCAGGGGCUCCUGUGGGCGUCUCCCCUGCUGGGCGGAUGGUGCUGCCUGCAGUCAGCCCCAGAGCCCCACGACCAGCAGGGGAGGGUGCUCAAGCCGUCCCUCCCAGAGUCCCUCAGGAAAACUGCUGGCUGGCCGAUUGGGGCCUCUCAGCUCUCUGUGUCAGAUGCUUUAAAAAGGCUUAUUUUAAACAGUGAAAGGUGAUGUCUGUAGUGGUAACUGCUCCAGAUGGACAGUCACCAGCUGCAGGCCUGGGGACGCAAUGGAUGUACCUACGCAGUGACUUUGAACCAAUAAACUUGCAGAUCUAG